AGUGUAUCAGAGAGCUCAAUUUUUCCAGUCGUUUGGAACUCUCACCACAUUGUUUCCCUACAACUCCUUAUUAUGGACAGCCCAUUUCCCUUUGAAUGUGCCAGAACCCCGGCUGCUUGUUUUACCUACCCCUUGAACAUUGAUAAACCAUUCGACCUUGCUCCUCUAGCCCACCAUCUAUGGUCACUCAAACCCGCCUUACACAUUUCGCUUUACACCCUUCAUCAUUUGAUGUGCUAAUUACCGAUGUCCCAUCGCAGACCUCUCAGGCAUCCUCACAUUAUGCGCUAUACAGACACUCCGCCAAUCAGCUGUUCCGAACAUGUCUAUCUUCAUAGUCAAUCGAUCUUCCAAGCUACGCUAUUGGCGUAUUUUGCCCUAUCAGUCAUUGACACAUCAAGCGACUUUGCUUGGCAUAUGUCUAUACGUGUAGGCAAUCAAUUGGUGUAUUGGCUUGCUUCGAAGCGGUGCUGCCCAGUUACGCCUUUGCGCACUUGUUUGCCUUUUGUGAUUAUCUUUGCUUGGCUUUUCGAUCGGUGUUCCGUGGUAUCUACUGAAGUUUCUAUUGCUUUCUUGUAUAAGGAAACCGUUUGAGCACCACAGUUGCACCGGCAUUGAGUUUUUGACUUAUCCCGGGGAUUGCGAAUCGGUUCCGGCCUUGAAUUUCGAUAACCGGUGGCUGCGCGUAUCGCUCAAG